UCUCUCUCUCUCUCUCCCCCCCUCUUUUCUUUCUUUUCUCCUCUUGGUAAUCUCUUCCAUCUGCUUUGUUGUUUCCCCUCUCUCAUUCUUCUUGAUAUCCGAUGACCUAUAGCUAAUUGUCUCUUCAUAUCAUCGACAGUCAGUCGACACCUGAAGGUGACAAAAGAAAUAAGGAGAGAUCGAUCCUAUAGGUAGGGCGGCCGUUAUUAGGCAGAUCGGGAGAUGACACCGGUGGCAGCUGCAGCAGUAGGUGGAGGGGCAAACAAAAAUAACAGCAACAUGGGAUCAGCAGCAGCAGGUCAGCAGUUCGGCGACACGACAUACACUAAGGUGUUCGUAGGAGGGUUGGCUUGGGAGACGCAGAAGGACACCAUGAAGAAGUACUUUGAGCAGUUCGGUGACAUCUUGGAGGCUGUGGUCAUCACUGACAAGGCCACCGGCAGGUCCAAGGGCUACGGUUUUGUGACGUUUAGAGAGCCGGAAGCAGCAAUGAGGGCAUGCGUGGAUGCGUCGCCUGUGAUAGAUGGGAGAAGGGCUAACUGCAAUCUUGCAUCUCUUGGUGUCCAGAGAUCCAAGCCUUCCACUCCAAAACACGGAGGAGGGAGAAGCUUAAGGGUGAUGGGGGGAUAUGCAGGAGUCUUUCAAGCGGCAGCCGUGGGUAUGGGCGGCGGUGGAGCAGCAUUUCCAUCAGCGACCUCCUUCUCUCAUUAUGCCAUCCAACAAGGCAUCCCCUUCCAUUCGUAUGCUGCCGCGGCCGCCAUAACCGGCGGGUACUCUGCCUAUUCGACAGAUUACAGUUACCCCACGAGCUAUUAUAAUGUGUAUGGAGGAGCAACGGUCCAAUGUCCCAUGUAUAGCAGUGGGCUAAUGACUGGAGGAGUCGCCGGGUUCUAUCCAUAUCCCACGACUACUUCAGCCACCACUGCCAGCGUCACCACAACAGGUCAACUCGGGGAGACAGCAACUGGAAGCAGCGGCGGCUUGUAUACAUCGGCCCACCAGAACUACGGGCUCCAAUAUCCUCACGGCUCUCACCUAUUCCAGUAUUCGACCCUCAAUUCCGCUGCUACUGGGUAUCCCCAGCACUAUGCUUCGCCCAUGUCCAUUGCACCCUCCCCUGCUCUCCACUCUGCAGUUUGUUUUGCUGUGCCACAGGCAUAAAAAUGGCUCUCCAUGCAACCAUACCACAUCGCUAGAGAGGAGCGGUUCCCCCUUGUAUGCAGCAUUUUGGCAUCUGGCUUUUCGUCAUCAGCCAGACCUCAUCCCCAAUAUCUACAUAUGCACAAACCAUUUCUUCUCCCUACCUCGCUGCAACCAGCUGUCUCUGCCUAAAUCCUAACCAUGGGUAUUCCGUCUAUCUCGCUAACCUACGAAAGCCAUUGCAUUGCAUAAUGCAUCAUCAUGGCUUUUGAUCAAGUUAGUCCAACAUCACAUGUGGCAUUGCCCCACGUCGGGGCUUUCCAUCCAAAAAGCAAAAGAAAAAAGAAGGGUACACACAUCCGAAUCGGAGAUGGAGUUGUAGUGCCCGUGUCUCCCAUUUGCAUCAUCAGUUCUCUCCUUGCAUUGUUUUUUCAGAACAAGGAUUGAGUCGUGUCUACUUUUCUAAAAACCACGACGGAUGUGGUUCUUCAGAGAUUACACUAACUCAAAGCCACUCCAGACUGCAUGCUCAGAUACUUCAAGUUGGAGAAUCUUUUGGGUCCAUCAUUUUCAGCUGUCUUGGGGCUCCAGGAAUGCUCUCCCUUGACAAAAAUGGGAAAAAGAGAUCAGAAGGUUAAAUUGAUGGGAAUUGGCUAAAAAGCACUGUGGGGAAAUCAGUGGUUUUCAGCUUCUGGUUGCUGCUUACCAAGAAAAAGAAAUGAAGAUCUCUUUUCCCGUCCCCAUGUAAAUUUCAAGCAACUCCCAGUGACGGCAACAGGUGUAAGCCCGUCCCACUACUUAUAUCAGCCGUUGUCACUUCAGUAUUUAGUCCUCUUCAGCAGAGUUAGAGGAUAGGUCAUGUAGAUGUAGGAACAUAUAGCUGUAGAUGCAUGCAGUUGGUGUGGUGGUAACAUUAGUGGUCUUUAUUUCAAAUCUCCUCACCUGACCUUUACCUGUAGGAAAAAAAGGUAGAUAUAGCUGUUAGUUAGGAAUUUGGCAGAUCCUCCCAUCAAACUGAAGGGGGUUAUGGUCAAUGGGCUGGCAUGCCCGAGAGAUUUUGUUGUGUUAACAUCUAUCUGCCAAUUAGGUCAGUUUAGCCCUUGUAAUUCCAUGAUAUUAUUAGGCAGUUAGUUGAAUAUCAGCCUUUAGGGGAAGGGUGAUAUGAUCCUAAACUAGAGUAGCUUAUCAAUAAUCCAGCUAAGUGCUGCAGCUCUGUGAGUCUGUCUAAUUAGGGCUAAUUUUUUUAUGAUCAGUGUUGUAAAUUUCAGGUUCAAGAUGGGGUUAAGACUUUGGGAGGAUUAGCCCCUCUUUCGUGCUAGGAUAAGUAGAAGUUCUUUAGAAGUGAAUGUAUCUUGCAUAUUCUUUCGCACGGUAGCCUUUUCUCAGUUACUGACUUUCAUACAUACAUUGUCUUCUCGAGAACUCCACUAAUGGAGGUGGAGAGCUCAGAGCAUUGCAUGCACACGACUCAUGAGGGACGUAUUUUGGAAUUCCCUCUUGGGUCUCCUCCCCUCUUCCGCACGUCCGCCUCUUCAACUGGAAAGGAAGGUCCACCAUGGUUAGGACUUAGCUUAUUCUCAGCUCAUCUCCCUCUCUCUCUCUCUCUCUCUCUCCACCUAUCCCUCUCUCCCCAUUUGCAGCUGUGUUGGUGUUCAAUUUAAUGGACUUCGAUAACUGAUAAUGGUUACUUUCCUCUUUAUAUAUAUGUGUGUGUACGGACGAGUACAAGACUGUUUUGGGUUGUGAUUAAUUAGUAGGACCUUAUAUGGGUUGUGAUUCAUUCAUCUCCAUGGUGGUUGAUGAUGGAUCUCUUCUGAUGUUCUUGUGAUUUUAAUUCGGACAAUUAUAUAUAUAUAUAUAUAUAUGCUUUAAUCAUGUAUUUUUAAUGA